GAGUAUAAAUAGUGACAAAAAUAGUAGUCGAGUAUCCGGCGAGGAGUAUCGUUUUCGCAAAGUAGCUGAUGCAAUUUGUGUGCAUAUUUACGAGAUUUAAGGUCAGUUCUGAGUAAUAUCUUAGUCACAAAGCAAUCAAGAUGCCUGCGGAACAGUUGGCUGAGUUAACAUUGGGUGCUAUCUUCACGUCCGAGAAGAAGGGAAGCGAUGAGUCGGGCGAAGGCAGUGAAUCCAAACCCUUUAAAACCAUCUUACAGGCCAUGCGUCAUGCUGGUAAGGAACCUUUUCCCACUAUUUACGUCGACGCCAAGGACCCCAAUGCACCGGAGCCCUUCGAACCCGCUGCAAAGUCCCAAUUGAAGAAGAUCCAAAAACUGUUUGUCAGGGAGUCUCACAAGAACGCUGAGAAACAGCAGCGUGAGGCGGAUGAUGCUGAGAAACGCCAGCAGAACCUGGAGGAGGCACGCAAGGUAAAGAUCUCGGAAGAUUCCAGCUUGCCGACGGCCCGCAAAAUUCGUAUCCUUGAGGGUACCGCCAACAGGGACUCGCGUGUCAAGAUUUACGGUUGGGUGCAUCGCCUUCGACGACAGGGCAAAUCCUUGAUCUUUAUCACCCUUCGCGAUGGUACUGGUUUCCUGCAGUGCGUACUUAACGAUCAACUGUGCCAGACCUAUGAUGCCCUUACCCUGAGCACGGAGAGCUCUGUUGUUCUGUUUGGUACACUUAAAUUAGUGCCCGAGGGAAAGACCGCUCCUGGAGGCCAUGAACUCAAUGUGGAUUACUGGGAACUGAUUGGCUUGGCUCCGCCUGGUGGAGCUGAUGCCAUUCUCAACGAAGAAGCCCAGCCAGAUGUGCAGCUGGAUAACCGGCAUAUCAUGAUCCGUGGCGAGAACACCUCAAAGGUGCUCAAGAUGCGAGCCGUUGUGACGCAAGCUUUCCGUGCUCAUUAUGAGGAACGUGGCUACAACGAGGUGACGCCCCCGACUCUGGUACAGACCCAGGUGGAAGGAGGCUCCACGCUCUUCAAGCUGCAGUACUUUGGCGAGGAGGCCUAUCUCACCCAGAGUUCACAAUUGUAUUUGGAAACUUGCCUUCCCGCUUUGGGCGACGUUUUUACCAUUUCCCAGAGCUAUCGCGCGGAGCAGAGCCGCACACGUCGGCAUUUGGCUGAAUAUUCACAUGUGGAAGCUGAGUGUCCGUUCAUCACUUUCGAUGACCUACUGGAUCGUCUGGAGGAUCUGGUCUGCGAUGUGGUGGAUCGUGUUUUAAAGUCUCCCUGGGGCUAUUUAGUUAAAGAGCUAAACCCUGACUUCAAGCCACCGCAAAAACCAUUCCGUCGAAUGAACUACGAGGAUGCCAUUAAAUGGCUGAAGGAGAACAACGUUACCAAGGACGAUGGCUCCUUUUACGAGUUCGGCGAAGAUAUUCCCGAGGCUCCAGAGCGCAAGAUGACCGAUACCAUUAACGAGCCCAUUAUGCUGUGCCGUUUCCCGGCUGAGAUCAAGUCCUUCUAUAUGCAGCGCUGCAAGGAAGAUCAGCGUUUAACAGAGAGCGUCGACGUUCUGCUUCCAAAUGUGGGCGAAAUUGUCGGUGGUUCGAUGAGGAUCUACGACAGUGAGGAGUUGCUCAAGGGCUAUGCCCGCGAGGGCAUUGAUCCUAAGCCUUACUACUGGUACACGGACCAGCGCAUCUACGGAACUUUGCCCCAUGGCGGCUAUGGAUUGGGACUGGAGCGCUUCCUGUGCUGGCUACUUAACCGAUACCACAUCCGAGAGGUCUGCUUAUAUCCCCGCUUCCUCGACAGAUGCAAGCCCUAAGCAGUGGGAGAGACUUUCUUCCACCUGCCAGCAUUUAGAACAGAAACACCUUUCAACGCUUAUUCUUAGCUUCUGCUAUUAAAAAUGAAAUUUAUUACAAUUAUCUGUAUAACUAUCCAAGAAUAAAGGCCGCGCCUACGCUUCAUUCAAAUGAAUAAGCUUGGAAA